GUACACCUGUCUGUGAGUGGGAGUGGAGAGGAGAAGAACACCUGAGAGGACCACAGUGACAUUUGGUCAACGGCAGGCUUUGCACCAUGGAGUUCCUUUUCCAGCUGCUGUUCUCCCCCCUCCCAACCCCUGCCAUCAUCUCCUUGUUUGCGGUGGCAGCUGCUACCCUAUUUUACCUCAACACACGGCCCAGUCCCCUCCGGACCUGCGUCGACCUCAACUGUCAAACUCUGGGUAUAAAAGAUGGAGCACGCAAAACUGCACUGCUAGAAGAUAACAACAACUUGAUGGCGUAUUACCAUGAUGAUGCCAAAACCCUCUAUGAAGUUUUUCAAAGGGGACUCAAAGUUUCAGGCAAUGGACCAUGUUUGGGCUACAGAAAACCUGGAAGGCCGUACCAGUGGUUGAGGUACAAGCAGGUGUCGGACAGGGCAGAGCACUUGGGGUCGGGGCUUCUUCACAGGGGUUUGAAGCCUAACUCAGACACUUUCAUCGGUAUAUUUGCUCAGAAUAGACCAGAAUGGAUUAUUGGUGAGCUGGCCUGUUACACCUACUCCAUGGUAGCAGUUCCCUUGUAUGACACCCUUGGACCUGAGGCUCUUGUGUUCAUUAUCGACCGAGCUGAGAUUUCCACAGUGCUUUGUGAUAAUCAAAACAAAGCAGAAACACUGGUGCAGAAUCGGGAGAAAGGCCAGACUCCAGUUCUCAAAACCAUCAUCAUUAUGGACACUUUUGAUCCUGAGCUGGUGGAGCGGGGAAAAAAGAUUGGGGUGGAUGUUGUGUCCUUGCAGGAUGUGGAGGCUGUGGGAAAAAAUAAUCUUCAAAAGCCAGUUCCACCCAAACCAGAUGACCUGAGUAUUGUGUGUUUCACCAGUGGCACAACAGGAAACCCAAAAGGAGCGAUGUUAACCCAUGAGAAUGUGGUCUCUGAUGCAGCUGGCGUUAUCAGAAGCUUCGAGUCAUCAGUGAUUCCAACGCCAGAGGACGUCAGCAUUUCGUUCCUGCCUUUAGCGCACAUGUUUGAAAGAGUUGUGCAGACGGUGUUGUAUGGUGCUGGGGGUAAGGUGGGAUUCUUCCAGGGUGACAUCAGACUGCUGCCAGAUGACAUGAAAACCCUGCAGCCCACCAUUUUCCCUGUAGUGCCUCGGCUUCUAAACAGAGUCUACGACAAAGUCCAAAGUGGAGCAAAGACGCCUUUCAAGAAAUGGCUGCUGAACUUCGCUGUGGACAGGAAAUACGCUGAAGUGAGGGAGGGCAUCAUCAGGAAAAACAGCAUAUGGGACAAGCUCAUCUUUCACAAAGUCCAGGAGUCUCUCGGGGGUCGUGUGCGGGUCAUGGUGACGGGAGCAGCUCCAAUCUCCCCCUCUGUUCUCAACUUCCUUCGCGCCUCCCUGGGAUGUCAGAUUUAUGAGGCAUACGGCCAAACAGAGUGCACAGCCGGUUGCACCUUCACCACACCUGGAGAUGCCACCUCUGGACAUGUGGGAGCGCCCCUGCCUUGUAACAUUGUGAAAUUAGUGGAUGUUGAAGAAAUGAAUUACUUUGCAUCAAAUGGUGAAGGGGAAGUCUGCAUCAAGGGUAGAAAUGUUUUCAAGGGGUAUUUGAAAGACCCGGAGAAGACUGCAGAGGCCUUGGAUGAAGACGGAUGGCUCCACACUGGAGACAUUGGGAAAUGGCUGCCAAGUGGAGUUCUUAAGAUCAUCGACCGUAAGAAGAACAUCUUCAAGCUGGCCCAAGGGGAGUACAUUGCACCAGAGAAAAUUGAAAAUGUCUAUGUACGUAGUGCACCAGUGGCCCAAGUCUUUGUGCAUGGAGACAGUCUGCAGUCCUGCCUGGUCGGCAUUGUAGUCCCUGACCCAGAAGUCCUGCCGAGCUUUGCCAAGAAUUUGGGAUUACAAGAUUCUAUUGACAAUCUCUGCAAAAAGACGGAAAUCAAGAAGGCCAUUCUUUCAGACAUGAUCAAACUGGGAAAAGAAGCAGGGCUUAAAACCUUUGAGCAGGUGAAAGAUGUGUACCUUCACCCAGAGCAGUUCACCAUUGAGAAUGGACUCCUGACUCCAACACUCAAGGCAAAGAGGGCUGAACUAAAGGCUUUAUUUCAGCCACAGAUUGAUAAAUUAUAUGCCAACAUCCAAUAA